AUGCCUGUUGAGAAGCUCCACGCCCGAUACGUCUACGACUCCCGAGGAAACCCCACCGUUGAGGUUGACCUCACCACCCAGCACGGUCUCUUCCGAGCUAUCGUCCCCUCCGGCGCCUCCACCGGUGUCCACGAGGCUCUCGAGCUCCGAGACAAGGACGCCUCCAAGUGGGGAGGAAAGGGUGUUCUCAAGGCCGUCCAGAACGUCAACGAGAUCAUUGCCCCCGCCGUUAUUGACGCCAAGCUCGACGUCAAGGACCAGGCUGCCUUUGACAAGUUCCUCCUUGAGCUCGACGGAACCGAGAACAAGUCCAAGCUCGGUGCCAACGCCAUCCUCGGUGUCUCCAUCGCCGCUGCCCGAGCCGGUGCCGGUGAGAAGGGUGUCCCUCUCUACGAGCACAUUGCCUCUCUGGCUAGCUCCCCCCAGCCCUACGUUCUGCCCGUUCCCUUCCUCAACGUUCUGAACGGUGGCUCUCACGCCGGUGGCCGACUCGCCAUCCAGGAGUUCAUGAUUGCUCCCACUGAGUUCGAGUCCUUCUCCGAGUCUCUCCGAGCCGGAACCGAGGUCUACCACGAGCUCAAGAAGCUCGCCAAGAAGGAGUACGGUGCCUCCGCCGGCAACGUCGGUGACGAGGGUGGUGUUGCCCCCGAUAUUCAGACCGCUGAGGAGGCUCUUAACCUCAUCACCGAGGCCAUCGAUGCUGCUGGCUACACCGGCAAGAUCAAGAUUGCCAUUGAUGCUGCUUCUUCCGAGUUCUACAACGAGGAGGCCAACAAGUACGAUCUUGACUUCAAGAACCCCGAUUCCGACAAGUCUCUGUGGAAGACCGGUGAGGAGCUUGCCGCUUACUACUCUGAGCUCAUCAAGAAGUACCCCAUUGUCUCUUUCGAGGACCCCUUCGCUGAGGACGACUGGGCCGCCUGGUCUCACUUUGUCUCCACCACCGACAUCCAGAUUGUCGGUGAUGAUCUGACCGUCACCAACCCCGUCCGAAUCAAGCGAGCCAUUGAGGAGAAGUCCGCUAACGCCCUUCUGCUCAAGGUCAACCAGAUCGGAACCAUCACCGAGUCUAUCCAGGCCGCCAACGACUCCUACGACGCCAAGUGGGGUGUCAUGGUCUCCCACCGAUCCGGUGAGACUGAGGACGUCACCAUUGCUGACCUCGCCGUCGGUCUCCGAGCCGGCCAGAUCAAGACUGGUGCUCCCUCUCGAUCCGAGCGACUCGCCAAGUACAACCAGCUUCUCCGAAUCGAGGAGGAGCUCGGUGACAAGGCCAUCUUCGCUGGCCCCAAGUUCCACCUUUCUCGAGCCAUCUAA